GUGGACUCUGAUAUAGUCGACUAUGCCAUCAAGGAGCUUCGCUGGCAGGCCACCACUCACCACCCCUCCUCUCCGGCCAUGCCAGUCAUGCCAAGCGCAGUGGACGGCGUCUACCUCAUUCCGUCGGCCUCCUUUCCGCCUGACGUUCUCCAGCCGUUUCUGCAAGGCAUGCAUCGCCUGGAAUCCGUUCCCGAGGAUCAGAUUGACUACCAUCCAGGGUCAAACAAGCAGGUCAUUGACUUGGUCCAUCCGUCACUCCACUGCCUCGUGUACGGCCGAACCAGAGUCAUUACCGACCCUGACUACACCACUCUGGAUGUCCUGCCGUGGGACCAGAUGGUCAGUGAGUUAGGCUUGGUUGCCGAUGCUGGUGAACUUGCAGAUUUGGCAACGGCUCUGCAGGAGAAAAGCCAGGCUCAGGGGAGAAGAAGGAGGAGGUUGGUGGAAGUAGAGUUCUUUUCAGAUGCAUUUCAAUGGUUGCCAGCCGAGAUUGAUGUGUCUGUGGACGGGCAGAGUGCAAAGUUUCGGUCAUACAUCAACAAUCUGCAUCCGCUGGAGUUUGCAGAGACGUAUCGAAGCCUGGAGAAGAUAUUUGCCUUGGCGUUCGUGCCGCUGUUCAAUCAGGUGCUGACAGAGUCUGCCAAUCCACGGCCACUGCGGAUUACUGCCGACCCCUACAGCUGGUACGAAGGCUGGAAAGGUGAUCGAGCGUAUGAGUUAAGUGAUGACGAAGACAAGGAGGCUUAUAUGGAAGACAGGGAACCCGUUCAGCCAGAGGUACCAGACUUCUCACCUCCCCCAGAACCACCCAAGGAGGACGUUGUGAAGCUGCAGGGCAGACGUUUACAGGUGAUAGUGAAGAUUGCUUCUAUCUGUCUUACCCCGGAUCAGCCCAAGUAUCCGGGAGGCAUGUGGCAUGUUGAGGGCAUGAGGAACGAAAGCAUUGUGGCCACUGGGAUCUAUUACUACGACAUUGAUAACAUCUCAGAGUCACGCCUGAAGUUCCGACACACAGUCAGGGAGCCAGACUACGAGCAUGGUGACCGAAAGGGAGUUAAAAUGAUCUAUGGGCUCGUGGAUGAAGGCCCACUCCUCCAGCCGUUAGGCACGGUCCAAACCUCCACGCCAGGCCUGUGCCUGGCCUUUCCAAACCACUACCAUCACUGUGUGGCUCCCUUAGAGCUAGCCGACAAGUCCAAGCCUGGGCAUCGCAAAAUCCUCGUGUUUUUUCUUGUGGACCCGAACGAGAGAGUUAUGUCAACAGCACGUGUGCCUCCUCAGCAGCUGGCGUGGAG